GCGCGCGGGGGCGUGGCCGGGAGGGCGGUGCUGACUGGCAGCCCUGGCGGUGGGCACUGCGAGAUGGCGGGGGCGGAGGGACACAUGGCCGAAGUAAGCUGGAAGGUCUUGGAGCGACGAGCCCGGGCCAAGCGCUCAGUUUUAAAAUCGGUGUAGUUUAGCCUGCAACGCUUAUGAUAAGAGUCAAGUUGAAAUGGCCCUCUCACCUGAUGCAGCCUUCUCUUCACCUGCUUUGUUAAGGUCUGGCUCAGUUUAUGAACCUCUUAAAAGCAUUAAUCUUCCAAGACCUGAUAAUGAGACUCUAUGGGAUAAAUUGGAUCAUUAUUACAGAAUUGUUAAGUCAACAAUGCUGAUGUAUCAAAGUCCAACUACAGGUCUCUUUCCUACUAAAACAUGUGGUGGAGAUCAGAAGUCCAAAGUCCAUGAGAGCCUGUACUGUGCUGCGGGCGCCUGGGCUUUGGCUCUAGCAUACAGGCGCAUUGAUGAUGACAAGGGAAGGACCCAUGAGCUGGAGCACUCUGCUAUAAAAUGUAUGAGAGGGAUUCUCUACUGCUAUAUGCGUCAGGCCGAUAAGGUUCAGCAGUUUAAGCAAGACCCACGGCCCACAACAUGUCUUCAUUCAAUCUUCAAUGUGCACACAGGAGAUGAGUUGCUCACCUAUGAAGAGUAUGGCCAUCUUCAGAUAAAUGCAGUAUCACUUUUUCUCCUUUACCUGGUGGAAAUGAUUUCUUCAGGUCUCCAGAUAAUCUAUAACACGGAUGAGGUCUCUUUUAUUCAAAACCUUGUAUUUUGUGUAGAAAGAGUUUACCGUGUUCCUGACUUCGGUGUCUGGGAAAGAGGAAGCAAAUACAAUAAUGGCAGCACAGAACUACACUCAAGCUCUGUUGGUUUAGCAAAAGCAGCCUUAGAAGCGAUUAAUGGAUUUAACCUCUUUGGAAACCAGGGCUGUUCUUGGUCAGUUAUAUUUGUGGAUCUCGAUGCUCACAAUCGCAACAGGCAGACACUGUGCUCACUGUUACCCAGAGAAUCACGCUCUCAUAACACAGACGCUGCCCUGCUCCCAUGCAUCAGUUACCCUGCGUUUGCCUUGGAUGAUGAAGUUCUGUUCAGCCAGACACUUGAUAAAGUGAUAAGAAAAUUAAAAGGAAAAUAUGGAUUUAAGCGUUUCUUGAGAGAUGGGUAUAGAACAUCAUUGGAAGAUCCCAACAGACGCUAUUACAAACCAGCUGAAAUUAAGCUGUUUGAUGGCAUUGAAUGUGAAUUUCCCAUAUUUUUCCUUUACAUGAUGAUUGAUGGUGUAUUUAGAGGCAAUCUUCAACAAGUCCAGGAGUACCAGAACCUCCUGACCCCUUUGCUGCACCAGACCACAGAAGGAUAUCCUGUUGUACCAAAGUACUAUUAUGUGCCAGCUGACUUUGUAGAAUAUGAAAAGAGAAACCCUGGUAGUCAGAAACGGUUUCCUAGUAACUGUGGCCGUGAUGGGAAAUUGUUUCUUUGGGGACAAGCUCUUUAUAUCAUUGCGAAACUCCUAGUUGAUGAGUUAAUCAGUCCUAAAGACAUUGACCCUGUCCAGCGCUUUGUCCCACUCCAGAACCAACGUAAUGUGAGCAUGCGGUACUCCAAUCAGGGUCCACUGGAAAACGACUUGGUGGUUCAUGUAGCACUUGUGGCAGAAAGCCAACGCCUUCAGGUUUUUCUCAAUACAUAUGGAAUUCAAACUCAAACACCUCAGCAGGUGGAGCCUAUUCAGAUAUGGCCCCAGCAGGAGCUUGUAAAAGCUUAUUUCCAUUUGGGUAUCAAUGAAAAGCUAGGACUGUCUGGAAGACCCGAUAGGCCCAUUGGCUGUCUUGGUACAUCAAAGAUCUAUCGCAUCCUAGGAAAGACAGUGGUUUGUUACCCCAUCAUCUUUGACCUGAGUGACUUUUACAUGUCUCAGGACGUUCUGCUGCUGAUAGAUGACAUAAAGAAUGCGCUACAGUUCAUUAAGCAAUACUGGAAAAUGCAUGGACGCCCACUUUUCCUUGUUCUCAUCCGGGAAGACAACAUAAGAGGUAGCAGAUUCAACCCCAUAUUAGACAUGCUGGCAGCCUUUAAAAAGGGAGUAAUUGGAGGAGUCAAAGUUCAUGUUGAUCGACUACAGACAUUGAUAUCUGGAGCUGUACUAGAACAACUUGACUUUCUACGCAUUAGUGACACAGAAAAACUUCCAGAGUUUAAGAGCUUUGAAGAACUAGAGUUUCCCAAGCAUUCAAAAGUCAAACGACAGAGCAGUACUGUAGAUGCUCCUGAGCUGAGACAGGAACCGGAUGUCACCAUUACCGAGUGGAGAAACAAACCCACCCAUGACAUCCUGCAGAGGCUGAAUAACUGCAAUUGUCUAGCUGGUCAGACCAUCCUGCUGGGUAUACUGCUCAAAAGAGAGGGCCCUGACUUCAUCACAAUGGAAGGUACUGUGUCUGAUCACAUUGAGAGAGUGUAUAGAAGAGCUGGCAGCAAAAAGCUAUGGUCGGUUGUACGCCGUGCAGCAAGUCUUUUAAGUAAAGUAGUGGACAGCCUGGCCCCAUCCAUUACUAAUGUUUUAGUGCAGGGUAAACAGGUAACUUUGGGUGCCUUUGGACACGAAGAGGAGGUCAUCUCUAACCCUCUGUCUCCAAGAGUGAUUAAGAACAUCAUCUAUUAUAAGUGUAAUACCCAUGAUGAAAGGGAGGCAGUCAUUCAGCAAGAACUAGUCAUCCAUAUCGGCUGGAUCAUCUCCAAUAGCCCUGAGUUGUUCAGCGGCAUGCUGAAGAUACGAAUUGGGUGGAUCAUCCAUGCCAUGGAGUAUGAACUACAGAUCCGGGGAGGAAGUAAGCCAGCUGUGGACUUGUAUCAACUCUCACCCAGUGAAGUUAAACAACUGCUGCUAGACAUCCUCCAGCCUCAGCAGAGUGGAAGAUGCUGGCUGGAUAGGCGUCAGAUUGAUGGGUCCUUGAACAGAACUCCCACUGGGUUCUACGACCGUGUGUGGCAGAUCCUGGAGCGCACGCCCAAUGGUAUUGUUGUGGCUGGGAAGCAUUUGCCACAGCAACCAACCUUGUCGGAUAUGACCAUGUACGAGAUGAACUUUUCUCUCCUUGUUGAAGACAUGUUGGGAAACAUUGACCAGCCAAAAUACAGACAGAUCAUUGUAGAGUUACUAAUGGUCGUGUCCAUUGUGCUGGAAAGAAACCCUGAACUAGAAUUUCAAGACAAAGUGGAUCUAGACAGACUGGUCAAAGAAGCAUUUCACGAGUUCCAAAAGGAUGAGAGUCGGCUGAAAGAAACAGAGAAACAAGAUGAUAUGACCUCCUUCUACAAUACGCCCCCACUGGGAAAACGAGGAACCUGCAGCUAUCUGAUGAAGGUUGUGAUGAACUUGCUGCUGGAAGGAGAAGUCAAGCCAAGCAAUGGGGACUCGUGUCUGGUUAGCUAGUCAGGGGAUUCAGGAAGUGUAGGUGAUAGCUUUCCAGCUGUGGCUUUUGUGUUGGAGCUAAUCCAGGCAGCCAGUAAUGGAUGGACUGAUGUGUUAGGGAGGUAGAUGUUGUAUUCUGUUUGCCAUUAUUAGACCUUUGCAUGCCAGUGGCAGUUGAAUGGUAAGAGCAGUGAUUGGAAUCAAGUGAAACCCCAGUUUUCAUGAUUUAUGUCAGCUACUAUAAUCUUCACUGAACUACAGAAAAAGUUUGUGAAUUGAAAAUUCACUACUGAAUGUUUUGUGAUAAAAUAUUCCAUCAAAAUCCUGCUUCUUUAGACCAAAUUUUUAUCUUCUGGCCAUUAAAACGAACUUGCCAGCUGGUGAUGCUUUACUGGACUCGGGAAGCACUGUGAGGGUGUACCACUGUUGUACUGAAAAAGCAAGAUGUGCAAUGCACAUUGAAAAAAGAAAAACAGAAGCUGUAUUAUUAAUAAUACUGUACAAAUUUCUUAGUUUUUAUCCCGUAAACAUGACUGUGGUUUGGUAUUGUGCUAAGUAUAAGGAUUGGUCUAAGAUAGAAUGUAUCGAGCAUUUUCUGAGCAUCUGUUAGAUAUAGGAUUACAGGAGUGUUCAGAAAUGUGUUGACUACAGUCACAUACACAUACCACAUGCAGGCAGACACACCUACACAUAAUUACAAAUAAUAAGUAAAUAUAAAAUAUUUUAAGUAGUUAAAUUUAGGACUUUUUUUAAAGGAAAAGUUGAAAGUCAAAAAAAAAUCUGUUUCUGAACUAACAAAUGUGUCUGGAAACAUACUUUGUUCAAGUUCACAAUACUGAACUUAAGAACACUGAAUGUUUUCAUUUAAUUGAUUUGGACUUGAAAUAAGCUGCCAAAUUUACCUAAGCAAGUAGACUAAAUAUUUAAAUCUUAUUAAUUUAUUUCCUUCUUAGAUGUCACAUGUGGCCCACUUGCUUGGGCUCUGAUCCCAACAAGCAUCUUUUUUUCUGGCCAGUCUUACUGAGUUUCACCUAAGACAUCAGAUUUGUCACAUAAAAUUUGUAGCCCAGUGUUAGGGUCUGAAAGAUUAAGAAGGGACAGCUGGUUUUUCUAGGUUACAAGCCAGCUGGUAGCAAGUAAAUGGGGGUGUGAACACCUGAAGAAACUCAGUGCAACACAGCUCUGAGCAGUUCGGGGUAUGGCUGGCUCCUAGAUCGUGUAUGUGUAGGACACUGUGUGUCAGUCAGCAAAGCUGGGAAUAAUGGUACAAUGCAGUCUUGCAAACUAGACAGAGAAGAGAAAUAGAUUACCUGAUUCAGUGUGUGAAGAGAAAUUAUGAAAAGACUGUCCUGAGGAAGCCGCUUAUAAAACUUAAGCCAGAAAAACACAGUCAUGAAUCCCAUGGAGAGAGAAUAAGUUCUGAUGGCUGACGUAGAGAAAUUAAAGACUGAAAAAUAUUUCAAGGGGGAAGCCCUUGAAAUAUUUAAUACUUGUUAAAAUUCAGAAGGAAGUAAACACUUGUAUCCUUAAGAAUUAAAUUUUUUGAUUGCUGAGCAAAGUUUCAAAAACUGCUCUUAGUUGAAAUAGAUAUCACUUGCAAGUCUGUUUUCUGACUGAGCACUUAGCUUCCUGUAACACAAGCUAAGUUUUGACAUUUUCUUCUGCUGUUCGAAAGAACUGUGUAUUAACUUUUUAAAAUAUGAAAUGUGAAAUGUAUUGUUCUGCAAGAUAUUUUGGGAUGAUCAAUAAAUCUUGAUGUUUCUCUAUCAGAA